CUUGGAUCCUCCUUACAAUAUAAAUAGAGCAUUCUAAUACAAGCAUCAGUGACAUACAGUUCGUUCAACAUGAAGAUUGCAGUGCUCGCCCUCCUCGUCGCCGUGGCCUGUGCCGACCGGCUGUACGCGCCCCCAGCUCGGGAUGACUCCGACGAGGUCGCCAUCCUGAGGGACGACCGCGUGAUCGAGGACGACGGAAGGUACAACUUCGACAUGGAGACUGCCAACGGCAUCGUCUUUUCCGAGUCUGGCUCUCCUGGAAAAGAUGGAGGCAUCAACAGUGCCGGAUCCUUCUCGUACACCGCUCCUGACGGAACUGACAUCCACCUCCAAUACGUGGCUGACGAGAACGGCUUCCAGCCACAGGGUGACCACCUCCCUGUGGCCCCCGAGUUCCCCCACCCGAUCCCCGACUUCGUCCUCAGGCAGAUCGAGUUCGCCAAAGAGGAAGACGCCCGCAACGCCCGCGGAGAUAUUUCACGCUCUUACGGUGCUCCUCGUGAUUGAAGCCCUUAAACAUCGACUUGAUAGUUCACGGUUGUCGAUCUGUUGAUACUGAUCUUAUGAAUGUAUAUAUCUAUUGAUGUAGUUUAGUCCUUGAUCUGUUUAUGCAUAAAUUGUAUGUUAUAUA